CCCAGCCGCGCCACUGUCCCCGCCGAGCGCUUAGUGCCGUCGGAGCGCGGCUCUCAGCCUUUCCCGGCCUGCCGCCGCCUCCAGCGUCCCGCAGCCGGCCGUCGCCGGUCAGCCGCUCGCGAGCGCGGGGGAGAGAGGACCCGGGCAGGCGCCGUCCAGUCCCGGGCGCGGGCACAGCUAGUGAGGGGCUAGGCCCGGGGACGCCAGGGUGGCGGCCACGAUGGUGGCCACGUGCCUGCAGGUAGUGGGCUUCGUCACGAGCUUCGUGGGUUGGAUCGGCAUCAUCGUCACCACGUCCACUAAUGACUGGGUGGUGACCUGCGGCUACACCAUCCCCACCUGCCGCAAGCUGGACGAACUGGGCUCCAAGGGGCUGUGGGCCGACUGCGUCAUGGCCACGGGGCUGUACCACUGCAAGCCCCUGGUGGACAUCCUCAUCCUGCCGGGCUAUGUCCAGGCCUGCCGAGCCCUGAUGAUUGCAGCCUCGGUCCUGGGACUGCCCGCCAUUCUCCUGCUGCUGACAGUUCUCCCCUGCAUUCGUAUGGGCCAUGAGCCCGGUGUGGCCAAAUACAGGCGGGCUCAGCUGGCUGGUGUGCUGCUCAUUCUGCUGGCUCUCUGUGCCAUCGUCGCCACCAUCUGGUUCCCCGUGUGCGCCCACCGCGAGACCACCAUCGUGAGCUUUGGCUACUCCCUGUAUGCGGGCUGGAUCGGGGCUGUGCUGUGCCUCGUGGGUGGCUGUGUCAUCGUCUGCUGCGCUGGAGAUGCCCAGUCGUUUGGUGAAAACCGCUUCUACUACUCUUCGGGCUCCAGCUCCCCGACUCAUGCCAAGAGUGCCCAUGUAUAAGAGGGCUGCUGCCUGCCUACCCAGGUGCUGCAGAUCCCGGGCCCGUGGCCCCGGUUUUGCUUGCCACAGGCGGGGGAAAAGCCCACUCCACUGCCAGGCUCCAAAGCCAAAGCUGUAGAAAAGCAUCCCGUCUGGCAUGUUUUAGUCUUAAUACCCCCUCCCCAUUUGUUGCCUUAAAAGAGAUCUUAAGUUCAGAAAAUGCCCACACAUUUUUCUCAUGGCUUUGCCCAUUAAUAGCUCUUUUCUUGGGCAUUCCUUUGUUGUUCACCUAUAUAUAUAUACCUAUACACAUAUAUAUGUAUAUGUAUAUAUAUCUCCUCUCUUUAAAUUUUAAAUAUCUUGCAAACACUGCUGAAUUGAGUGUAGAGAGAGAAAUAAAAGACACUUUUCAAACUGUUACAGAUG